AUGACGACUGAGCUAAGACAGGUCUGGUUCCCAGGCAAUCAUGGCAACUGUGGUGGUGGAUGGCCAGAUCAGGAAGCCGCCGAUGCUUCACUCGCAUGGAUGAUGGACCAGAUGGCCUCUGUAGGAGUCGAAUUCGACCUGUCAUGUCUCGAGAGGGUCGCACAGAGCACUAUCAGCUACUACAAAAGUCAGAAAGCUGCUUCAAAGAAAGGAGGUCCAAAGUGGGCUAUUGAUCCCAUCUACUCGAAUGAUCAGCCGGUGAGGCCAUGGGCACUCGGGUCCAUCAACAAAGCCGGCAGUUUCAUAUACAAACUUGCAGGCUUCGAAGACAGGACGCCUGGCUUGUAUAAGCGAACUGACCCCAAAACGGACCGCGAGACCAACAUAUUCCUGCAAGACACCAACGAGCGCAUUCACUGCUCUGCGAGGAUCAGGCUAGCCUGCAAAGGUCUUGGUUUGGAUGACAAGUCCGUUUGGACCUGCCCAUCACUGUCGAACUGGCAAUUGAAGUAUACCAAUGAAACAUACAAAGACCCCAUUCCUCAAAGCCCAAGCUGGUGGCAAGGCCCUUCGGUUGAACCUGGACUUGAGAGGCGGCAAGGCGGGAGGUGGAUUUGGGAAUAUGUCGGGCCAAAGAGCUCCGAACCCACAGAUCCCAAGCAAAGAAUCAUGGUGGAGGAGCCCCUUGGGCCGCAUGAACGAUAUCUGCUUCAGCUGUCUGCGGGAACGCCAAAUGUCUACCUGUUUGCUGAGACGCAGGACAUUGUCUGGCAGGGGAAGACGAUUCCCGCUCCGCAACGUGCAAGCGACCUUGUCGUUUCGAAUUAG